UCCGCGUCCCGGAAGCAAUUGCUCGGGCCGCAGGCGCGCUCCGCCUCGCGUUCCGGGUGAGACGUAGAACUGAGCGACCGAAGCCGCGAACGAGAUGCCGGUGGCCGUGGGGCCCUACGGACAGUCCCAGCCGAGCUGCUUUGACCGCGUGAAGAUGGGCUUUGUGAUGGGUUGCGCAGUGGGCAUGGCGGCCGGGGCGCUCUUCGGCACCUUUUCCUGUCUCAGGAUCGGAAUGCGGGGUCGGGAGCUGAUGGGCGGCAUCGGGAAAACCAUGAUGCAGAGUGGCGGCACAUUUGGCACAUUCAUGGCCAUCGGAAUGGGCAUCCGAUGCUAAUCUGGGCAGUGGUUGCCCAUACACCUAGCCUUUCCCAUCAGUCCAGCUCAUGUACUAUAAUAAAACAAAAUUCUUUGA